AUGGCCACGAAGGACUCUCUAGAAGCCCAGAUCGCGGAAGCUUCGGCACGCUUCAGUGAGCUAAGAAAACAGAACGCGGAACCUGCAUUGGUGGAAGAAGCUAAGACCAAGCUCGGACAAUUGAAGCAGUCAUUCGCGUUGCUUUAUGGAGGGGGCAAAGGUGCGGAUAAGAAGAAGGAGAGACUGCUACUGAAGACAGCCAAGCACAUAGAAAGGGUCGUUAAAGAUUGCUUCACUGCCUACGGUGGCAGCUGCCUCGAAACGCCCGUUUUUGAGCGCAAAGACGUCCUCACGGGAAAAUAUGGGGAGGAUUCAAAACUGAUCUACGACCUGAAGGACCAGGGCGGAGAAGAACUUGCCCUCCGCUAUGAUCAUACUGUGCCUCUUGCCCGCUAUCUUGCUAUGGGAGGCUCCGCCAUCACUCAAGCCAAGCUCUGGCAGUUGAGCAAGGUCUAUCGUAGGGACCAGCCCGUCAUGUCCAAGGGCCGCAUGAGGGAGUUCUCUCAGGCAGACUUCGAUAUCGCUGGCACUUGGGACCCCAUGAUUCCGGACGCCGAGAUAAUCAGCCUUGUCUGUACCAUACUCACGAAGCUAGAUGUUGGGGAGUACACUAUAAAGCUUAACCAUCGUAAAAUUCUCGAUGGUAUCUUCGAAGUUUGCGGCGUGCCCGCUGACAAGAUCCGAACAAUAUCGUCUGCCGUCGACAAGCUGGACAAGUCUCCUUGGUCCGAAGUCAAGAAAGAAAUGACCGAGGAGAAGGGCCUUGACGCCGUUGUCGCGGAUAAGAUCGGAGAGUAUGUGAAACACAAGGGCGGACCAGGUCUCCUAGAUCAACUCCUGGCAGAUGAGACGCUCAUGGCAAAUGCCAACGCCAACCAAGGGUUAUCGGAAAUGGGAAUCCUGUUUACGCUCCUACGAGCAUAUAAUGUUGUCGACAGGAUAUCGUUUGAUCUCUCGCUGGCAAGGGGCCUCGAUUACUACACUGGCGUGAUCUAUGAAGCAACUGUUGCAGCAUCCGCGCCCCCCGGGUUCAGCACUGCCAACGCGCUUUCCGCGACAUCCAAUUCCGCUAGCGCGACCGAGCCAGCAGUGUCUGACCCCGCAGCGCCCUCGGCGUCCAAACCGCCCGAGCGGAAAACCAAGAAGGGCAAGCCUGUGGAUGGCGAGGAGGAAGAAAUCGACGAAUCACAAGUAGGCGUGGGCUCCAUUGCAGCUGGUGGUCGAUACGACAACCUUGUCGGAAUGUUCAAUGCUGCCGCAUCAGGCGAGACCAAAAAGGGUAAGGCACCCGCGGGUCUGCCCUGUGUGGGUAUUGCCAUCGGGUUGGACCGCGUGUUUGCAGUCGUAUGGCCGAGAUGGGUGGAGAAGGGAAUGAGACUUAAAGAGCUCAUGGUAUUUGUGAUGGCGGCCGGAGACGGGCUCCUUGAGGAGAGGAUCCGGUUGGUUUGCGAACUUCGUGAAGCGGGCAUCAGCGCGGAUUAUCUCGCGAAGACGAAGCCGAAACUUUCUGCACAAUUCGCUGCCGGUGAUCGAGAUGAGGUGCCGUUCGCUGUCAUACUGGGCGCCGAUGAACUGAAGGAGGGCCUUGUCACGGUGAAGGAGCAACGCUGGGAGCUGGUGGACGGGAGGAAGGCCAAGAUAGCCAACGAAGACAAGGGGACAAAGGAGCAGUUCGUUCAUCACCCAUACUCGCUGCGUCCAUAUACCGCGACGAGCAAAGCCAUGCCACCUCGGCGAUCUACUCGAUCCAGGGCUUCUGUAGAGCCCGUGCCAGAGAUCACCUCGAGUGCGACAAAACGCAAGCGUCCUUCGCAAGCGGAGCUCGAUGUCUCCACCGAAGAUCAUGACACCGUAGAUGGCAGCGAGGGUCAUGCUAAAUACGUGCCACGGUCCAGCAAGCCUCCUUCAAGACGGUCAGCUGCAACGAAGCCUCACAACACCAGCCGUUCGACGCGUUCCAGAGGAGGUCUACGGGAGAUAGAGGAAGGCGACGAGGGGGUACCUGAGAUGCGGCCGACGAAGAAGCGACGACCUUCUUCUGAAGCCGAGGCGGAGGACGUGGACGGGAGCGACCUUGAAGAGCCCAAGAAACGUGUAUCUAAGGCUACGGCCAGGAAGAGCUCCACGGCAAACACCAAGCGCACUUCGACUACCAGCGAUCAAGGCUUGGAAGAGGAAGCUAUCGCUAAUGGCGCCUCAACAUCAACGACAAAAUCUCGGACAUCAAAGGGCAGAAAGCCGAGCACAGUCCAUGAGCGAACCGGUAGAGUCGCUGACGGAGUGAAGGCGGAGCCUGAUGUCCCCGAAGCCAACGGUCCGUCCGCACGAGGCCGAAAGGCUUCUUCCACGACAAACCGAUCCGUCAAGAACCUCUUUCCCGCUGAAGGCAGUGUCAUGGACGGAGAUGGCUCUGCGGGAUCCCCGAAAGUUGAAGACGACGAACGCGAGGUUGCAGCGCAGAUUGCCCCGUCAGCGACUGAAGGUAAACCAGAAGAAUGUCAACCUACGCCUGAAGACUCUCUACGGGUCGACGCCGAGGAAGAAGUGUCGCUUCUCGAUCCCGAACCUCACAAACGUACCGCCCCUAACUCGCGGGCGGGUCCGGCUGUUGAAGAACCCAAAGAGCCACGAUCCCGGUUGGUCAUUCAUAAGAUGGCGCUGGUAAACUUCAAGAGUUACGCAGGAAGACAGGAGAUUGGUCCGUUCCAUAAGUCAUUCUCUGCCAUUGUAGGGCCGAACGGUUCUGGGAAGUCAAACACGAUAGAUGCUUUGCUCUUCGUAUUUGGCUAUCGCGCAUCUAAGAUGCGCCAAGGCAAGCUUUCGGAGCUCAUCCACAAUUCAGCCCGGUACCCGGACCUCGACUUCUGCUCGGUAGAGGUCCACUUCCGCGAGAUCAUCGACCUCCCUGGCCCCGAUGCAUUCGAGGUUGUACCCAAGUCACAACUCGUAGUUGCUCGAACUGCCUACAAGGAUAACAGCAGCACUUAUACCAUCAACGGGCGAAAGACGGUUCCUCAUCCUCCAGGCAAGCAAUUCAGCUUGAAGAUAGUGGGUGAAGUUGAGUCCAUCGCCCUCAUGAAGCCCAAAGCAACGAAUGAACAUGAUGAAGGUCUCCUCGAAUACCUCGAAGACAUCAUUGGGACAUCCAAAUACAAGGAGCCUAUCGAGGAAGCCCUCCAGCAGAUGGACCAGCUUUCGGAAGAACGUGUGGAGAAACUGAAUCGUCUCCGGAUUGUCGAACGCGAGAAGAACAAGUUGGACAAGGAGAAAAAGGAAGCAGAGGAUUACCUACGGCUGCAGAACGAGCAUGUGCGAGCUCUUUCGCGGCUAUGGCAAUACUAUAUCUGGCAAUGCCUGCGCAAUGACGAGCAAUACGCACACAAGAUCUCCCGAUUGGACAAGGACCUGAAGGAUCUGCAAGAGCAGAACAAGGACGAUAUAUCCCACGUCGAGAUGCUAGAGAAGCAUUACGAAGAGCGCCAGCAGGCGUACGAGGAAGUCAGAACUUUGGCUGCUGCUGCUAUGAAGGACCUGGCCGCGAACGAGAAGCAACAAGUCAGCCUCGAAGAGCGACGCAAGCAUGCAAACAGCAAGGGCAAGAAGCUGAAGAAAUCGCUUCAAGAUGACGAUCAUGCGCGGAAUGAGGCUUUACGUGCGAUCGAGGACAACACUGCCAAGAUCGAGAAGAACCAGAUGAAGCUCGAGGAACUGCAGGACUCACUUGUGGCCGAAGAGAAGAUCCUUGACCAAAUUGCGGAUAGCUUGAGAGAUAAAACGCAGAUCUUCCAUGAUCAGAUCGAGAAGAAACAACGAGAACUUCAACCUUGGAACGAAAAGGCCAACAAGGCGAAAGCUGAACUCGAGGUAGCACAGAGCGAAAGGAACGAGCUCUCGAAAAAGGCAGAAGCGGCCCAAUUCGCCAUGGAAUCGGCGCAAGAGGAACUAGAUCAACUCAACGGGGAUCAGGAUACUAAGACUUCAGGCUUGAAUGAGCUUAAGGAUCGGAAGACUAGCCUCCAGAGGGACGUCACAGGAGCCGAGAAGAGGCUACAGGAUGCACGCCGACGGGUUCAGGAUCUGCAAGCUAAGGCAGCCUCGUCUCGGCAGCGAACGGACGAAGCCAGAGCAUCACAGACCGCCUCAACCUCCCAGAAUAAAGGUCGUCUUGGUAGCCUGGGCACAAUCCCAGACAAGUACGAUGUUGCAAUUACCACGGCCUGUCCGAGUCUGAAUAACCUCGUUGUGAACACCGUCGAGGAAGCGCAAUCGUGCAUCGAACACCUCCGCAGGCAGAAUGCAGGACGAGCCUCGUUCAUGAUUCUCGAGAAGCUACACAACCGUGGCAUGGACAAGAUCUCUACCCCCGAGAAUGUCCCUCGCUUAUUCGACCUGAUCACGCCCAAAGAACGUCAGUUUGCGCCAGCCUUCUAUAAGGCGGUUGGCAAUACCCUUGUCGCCGACGACCUCGAGCAGGCCAACCGCAUCGCAUUUGGUGCAAGGCGAUGGAGGGUGGUCACUCUCAAUGGCCAGCUGAUCGAUUCCUCCGGGACGAUGGCUGGAGGCGGAACUCGAGUCAAUAGGGGCGGUAUGAGCUCCAAGCUCGCGGCGGAUGCGGUGGACCCUGCCACCUUGAGACGUUAUGAGCGCGAAUCCGAAGAGGCGCACGAAGAAUUUCUGGUCGCGCAGAACGAGCUGAGGCAGAUCGAAGUCGAGGUCGAGGGACUCUCGAGGUCUGGACCUCAAAUCGAAGUGGCCAUGGAGAAGAUUACGCUUGACAUAGAGACGGGCAAAAGACGUAUCGCGGAGGCCGAGAAGCGGCUGCGGGAGCUCAGGUCGCAGAACAAGCCAAACGCUGAGGAUGCACAGAGAAUCGCGGCUCUCGACGAGAGCAUCGCUGCUUCGGAGGAAGAACUGUCUGAGCUGAGGAACGGUUCGGCGGCAAUUGAGAAGGCUAUCAAGGAUCUCGAGAAGAAAAUCCUGGAAAUCGGUGGCUCUAAACUGCUUGCGCAGAGAUCCAAGGUUGACGGCAUCCGACUCCACAUAAACCUAGCCAACGACGAGAUCACCAAGGCUGAAGUAGCUAUUGAUAGCGAUCAACGGAAAGCCAAGAAGCUUGAAGGAACGAUCGCAACCAAUAAAGCCAAUCUGGAAGACGUUGAGGCCGAACUAGAUGAACUAACCGAACAACUUGGCGAAGUCACGGAUUACGUCGAGAAGCUCCGUUCGAAGGUCCAAGACGCCCAGGCCGCAGCGGAAAAUUCAAAGGAUGACCUAGACAGUUUGAAGGCCGAGCUGGACGAGAAGAUGGAGGACAUACAGGCAUUCCGGCAGAAGGAGCAAAAAAUGAAGCAGACCUUGGAUGACACUCGCAAAGAAUCCCUCAAGAACGAGGAGGCUCUGGAGCAUUGGAACAAUGAACAUGACAAGCUCAAACUGGAGGAGAUCGAUGAGGAAGACCCAGAAGAGGAACCUGAACAGCCUCGUCAACAGGAAGCUCUAGCGGACAGCGUGAAACCUGACCCAGACGCAGCACCCGUCAAGAAAGCUCAUGAUGGCACGCCUGCCAACGAGCUUUGCAUUUAUGAGGCAGAAGAGCUUGCCAAGUUCAAGAAGGAUGUCCUGCUUGUCGACGAACAGCUCCUCGACGAGAAACUGAAGAAUGCCAAGCCUAAUCUCAGCGUGCUGAAAGAAUACAAGAAGCGAGAGGAGGAGUUCCUGAAGCGCGCCACGGACCUCGAGGAGACUACCAAGCUACGAGAUGCGAAGAAAGCAGAGUAUGACAGUCUGCGUAAACAACGGUUGGACGAGUUCAUGGCUGGUUUCAGUCUGAUCUCCCUUAAGCUCAAGGAGAUGUAUCAGAUGAUUACUCUCGGUGGAAACGCGGAGCUUGAACUCGUCGACAGUAUGGAUCCAUUCUCGGAGGGCAUUAUAUUCAGUGUCAUGCCGCCCAAGAAGAGCUGGAAGAACAUAUCUAACUUGUCCGGUGGCGAAAAGGCGCGUCACAGUUCCACGCUGACGGCUGGCUGGCUUGCUGAUCCAGAGGGUUUAGACGCUGAGUUCUUUGGCGCUGGUAUUCGCCCUCCAUGUUUUCAAGGUCCCACCCCGCUGUACUUCAUGGACGAGAUUGACGCAGCCCUGGAUUUCCGGAACGUAUCCAUCGUUGCAAAUUAUAUCAAGGACCGCACGAAGAAUGCUCAAUUUAUCAUCAUUUCUCUGAGGAAUGACAUGUUCGAGUUGAGCCAUAGGCUCAUCGGGAUUUAUAAGACGGCCAAUACGACCAAGAGUAAGCGCUCCGCUCGCCUCUCGUGA